UGCUUGAGGAUUUUCUGUGAGCCUAGCAAAUGAUUCUUCAAUAAUCUCCAUUUGUUGGACAGUAUAAGUCAAAAGAGAGCCAAUAGAAGAGAAUAAAUGUUAAACUAAUUUCAAAGUUGGUUGCAUAAAGCUUUCAUGUGAUUUCAUGUAAUCUAAUCUUUCUGUGUUCCCGAUUCUUCUUCCAUAACCCCAUAUAUUUAGAUCUAAAGAUGUUGGAUGAGAUGCGUUAAACAUAAGAAAUUUCUUGACAGAGUUUCUUGACACAGACAGGAGGGUCCUUCCUGUGACUCCUAGUUUGCUGAAGUGGAUGGCUGGAUUGAAGAGUUUUGACACAUGGAGCCCCGUUAUUGUAAUGUUAGCUGUUGAUUUUGCCUUCGCGGUUGUAAAUAUACUUCUCAAGGAAGUCCUCAAUGCAGAAAUGAACCAUUUGGUCCUCAUCACAUACCGGCAAUCAAUUUCUACCAUUUUCUUGGUCCCCAUUGGAUACUUUUGGGAAAGGAAUAGCCGACCCAAGCUCACACUUCGGAUCUUAUGUUACCUCUUCUUCAGUGCUCUUGUCGGGGCAUCACUGACACAAUACUUCUUCCUUCUUGGGAUUCAAUACACAUCUGCUACUUUCGCAUGUGCUUUUAUCAACAUGGUCCCUGCAAUCACAUUUAUAAUGUCAUUACCUUUUGGAUUAGAGAUUGUGAACAUAAAAACCAACAGGGGGAGAGCAAAAUUAAUUGGAACCUUGGUGUGUAUCUGUGGAGCCAUGAUACUGACUCUUUACAAAGGAAUGCCUUUAGUUAAAUAUUCGCGUCCAGAAGCUCCAUCUCCAACCAUGGAUCAGGCUAUCAGGUUGAGCUCGGGUAAGAAGACAGAGAGAUGGACCGUUGGCUCAAUAGCUUUGAUGGGAGGCACCCUGUUGUGGUCUUCAUGGUUUCUUAUUCAGUCAAACAUUGGCAAGCUAUACCCAUGUCAGUAUUCGAGCACUGCCAUCAUGUCCUUCUUUGGUGCCAUUCAAUCAGCAGUCAUUAGUUUGUCCAUGGACAGAAACCUUUCCUUGUGGAUUCUGAAGGGGAAAACAGAAAUAUUAACAGUUAUUUAUGCUGGAGUGGUAGGGUCUGGCUUAUGCUAUGUGGCAAUGUCAUGGUGUGUCAAGAAGAGGGGCCCUGUCUUCACUGCAGCAUUCAGUCCCCUGGUUCAGAUAAUGGCAGUCAUGUUUGAUAUCCCUAUUCUGCAUGAGCAACUCCAUCUUGGAAGUGUGCUAGGAUCUGCCACUGUAAUUGCUGGAUUAUACAUUCUUUUGUGGGGUAAGAAGAAGGAUGCAGAGAAUUCCUCAAUGGAACUAGUCCAAGAAGCUGAAGAGGUUAAGGACCAAGAGGCACAGUUACAAGUAACCACAAUCACGAGUGGUUCAAGGUGCCCCUGAAGUUGAGUUGCAUCUCUCUCUCUCUCUCUCUCAUUUCACAGUGUUUGCUACUGUGCUUCUAGCGGACUUUUUUUUGGCACCUUCAUAAUUAAUGAAUAAUCCCACAUCAUAUUUUCAA